AAGGUUCGGCUUCUGCUGAUUUGCUCCCGAGAAGGCCGAAAUGGACAACAUUGUAGAUUCCUUGACCAGCGCGUAUCAGGAAUUUGUGGCUGCAGCAGCUAAUGUUCUCGAAAUCAAGGAGCUCUCCGGAGGCCAAAAGACGGUCGCCACAGACAUGGCCCUCGAGAACUUCAAGCAGAAGUGGGAGCUGUUCAGGGUUGCCUGCGAUCAGGCGGAGGAAUUCGUGGAGUCUCUGAAGCAGAGGAUAGGGUCCGAAAGCCUAAUUGACGAAGCCACUGGUGCCUUGGCUGGUGGGAAGUCGGGUCAUGCUGCUGCUAACACCGGCCUUGCUCCAAUUUCUGCACUCCGGUUGGAGCAGAUGAGCAAGGCCGUGAGAUGGCUGGUGAUUGAGCUUCAACAGGGGUCUGGAGCCGCCGCUGCUGGUGGCUCUGCCCAAAAUAAUCCCUCCACUGCUGCCCCAUUUGACGCUAGGUUCUCAGAAGAUGCAGCUCCAUAGUCCAUGCAGGCUGUGCUAAAUAUAGGUCUCUAAAUCCAAGAAAGAAAAAGGGGCUGUGAUACGGUUCACGUUGAUCUGCAAAGUUGCAGGAUAAUUGUUCUUACUUCUGUCUGGGUUGCUGUUAAACUUUGUAGAAUAGAGGUAAAGGAUGCACUUUGCAAUAAUUAUGGUAGAAAUGAACUAAGACAUGUUCAGUGUUUUUAUGUAUUUAUCUAUCAUCUUAUCAGUUUUGAUUUAAUGGUGUAAAUCUGUCAGUUUAUGGGGGUUGAAACUAGCAAGGUUUGCUCUCUAUGGGAUCUAUUCCUGAUUUUUCUGUUGCUUUAUUCAACUGGGGUAAAAAUUGGGGGCAAAGCAGUUGGACGCUGAGUGUAAGGUGCUUAUGUAUAAUGUACUUUUAGACUACUUUAUGGUUAUGUAGAUUGUAUGCCUUCCGAUCGCUCACUUAUCGGGAUGGAGGAACUCUGCAAUUCGACAUUUUCUUGAAUUCGCAUCUAA